AAAUCAGAGAUGAUCUUGAAAUGUGCCUGAGGGUUAGUGCGGUGAAACCUAUUUCCUGGAUGCUGCAUUACAGAUGGAAGCGGUUGCUUUUAUUCCUUCGACCUGCUCUCGAAUUCGAACGCAAGGACCAUGAAACGCAAGGAUGGGAGCAGGUCCCUCAGCAUGGCUGCAACGUGCACCGCGUGCAUAUAAUAAUUCUGUGUCCAGAGAAGGGCUGCUAUGUUUUUAAGCAUCUCCUUUCCCAUAAUCCUGUAAGUGAGUCCCAAGAGCCUCUCCCUGUAGAGUCCAGAGACCUGAUGAGCUCUUAAUUUGGCAGGUAAAGUGAUGAUACGGGGAGUAGCCAGAAGGUUAGUAGGGGCUGUGGCUUCCUUUAGUAACGCCGACAUCGGGAGCUGGCGUGGGAGGAUGCGACUGUGAUGGUCUUGGUGUCGGAGAGACCACGUCCCUCGUGGCAGAGUGGAUGCUGUUGGAGGCUAGAAGUUGUUUUCCUAUCUGUGCAAUAAUAAGCUAUUUAAAAGAAAGGAAGGAGUUCAGAGCAGGCUUUCGGGAAGCGCGGGGCCAGAGGGUUCAGCCAGCGCAGGGUCUCGGUGGCGUGCUUUUGAGCCGAGGCGCGCUUCUCCGCUGCAGCGCUUCAGGAGCUGGGGAUACGACGGUUGGGACCGUGAUGGAGAAGGUCUCCUCCACCUGCUGUGUUUACGCAGCAUCUUUAUAUUAACGCAGGCUCCGUACCCCUCAGGACAGAAUGCAGCUCCAACCACGCUGGUGUACCCUCAAGCCCCUCAGACAAUGAACACGCAGCCUCAGACCCGCUCGCCGCCCAGCAGAACAGUGCCAAUACAUUGCACAGACAACUGGAAGAGGAGGAAGGUUUUGGAACAGAGUCCGGUUUACAGGUCCCUGGCUGGAAGAGGCUGGAUAAAAUACUGCAUUUUUUUUCAGAGGCCUCAAAUACAGCCUCCGAGAGCCACCAUCCAGAACAGCAGCCCUUCCAUCCGUCCCGGUGCGCAAACACCAACUGCAGUGUAUCAAACCAACCAGCACAUCAUGAUGGUUAAUCAUCUGCCAAUGCCGUAUCCGAUGCCUCAGGGCCCCCAGUACUGUAUACCACAGUAUCGUCAUAGCGGUCCUCCGUACGUUGGGCCCCCGCAGCAGUAUCCUGUUCAGCCGCCAGGGCCUGGCCCGUUUUAUCCAGGACCAGGUCCUGGAGAAUUCCCUAAUGCCUAUGGAACACCUUUCUACCCAAGUCAGCCGGUGUAUCAGUCAGCACCCAUCAUAGUGCCUACGCAGCAGCAGCAGCCUCCGCCAGCUAAAAGAGAGAAAAAAACGAUCCGAAUCCGGGAUCCAAAUCAGGGGGGCAAAGAUAUAACAGAAGAAAUUAUGUCUGGAGGGGGCAGCAGGAAUCCAACGCCUCCCAUCGUGAGACCUACUUCCACACCUACUCCACCUCAGCAGCUGCCCAGCCAGGUCCCAGAGCCCAGCGCUGCGGUUUAUGGGACCGUGGAGAGCACCCAACUCGCCGCCGGCGCCCCUGCGACAAGCAGCCCGAAGCAAGAAGAGAAGCCAAAACCAGAUCCAGUAUUAAAACCACCUUCUCCAGUCCUCAGACCAGAACCUAGCGGGGAGAAGAAAGAUCAAGCAGGCCAGACGAGCGAGGCUGCCUCCGUGGAGACCCCGCCAGACCUUCCUCUCGCUGCCUCGCCGACCCCGGCGGCUCCCGUGGCCGUCGUAACUCCUCCUGCUGCUGUCGCGGCCGCUCCUAGCAAAUCUACGUUUACAGCUGACUUGGAGGAGAGCUGUGAACUCGCCUCCGCCAAAGAGGAGGCAACGCCUAUAGCUAAUGCAGCCCCCUGCGCGGACGCGUCGGACCCUUCGCCAGCGGAAGAGGCUGACGCCGCCACGUGCGAGGAGCCCAGUAGUGUAGCAUCUAGUGAUAUUCCAGUGACUGCUAGUACUAAUCUAAUUAACGAAAUGAACGGAGUUAGCGAAACCGUAGCUGCUACGGAGAGUAUAGCAGAUGUAGCCCCCGAGGAAGUGGCGCCGUUGACUGUUGAGUCGGAGCUACCCGAAGCACCUCCGGCAGACGUGGAAAGCGUGCCAUCUUCCGUCGCGCUUCCCACCACUCCCUCGCCUCCGCCGACGCCUCCGCCGACACCUCCUUCUUCUCCUCCUCCUCCUCCUCCUCCUCCUCCUCCUCUUUCUGUUGCUGCUGCUGUGACCACUACGACUCCUUCUCCACCUCCUCUUCCGUCUCCUAGUGCCCUCCCUGGUCUUCAGGGAGAUUUAGAGGGAGAGGAGAGCACAAGAACUACUCUUAGCGAAGACGUAAAGGAUAUGGAAAAGAAGGAAGAUAGCGAAGCAGACGGGCAAGAGGAGGAGAGCACGGAGUCUCCGAGUAUAAACUCUGGGAAGAGUCCUGUCCCAGCCCAAACAGCUCUAACUGCACCAAAGACGUGGAAGAAACCAAAAGAGCGGACCCAGGCCGCCGAGGAGGCCGCCGAGGCGGAAGCGGAGCCUAAAGUAGAAGAGGAACUUUCAGGUGACAAAGUACUUGAAUCUGAACAGGAUAAAAUGAGCCAUGGGUUCCCCCUGGAGAAGGACCCUCCAGAACUUAAAAAAGUGAAAGCCGUGGAGGAAAACGGAGAGCAGGAAGCAGAACCUGUCCGUAACGGCGCCGAGAGCGUCUCCGAGGGGGAAGGGACCGACGCGAACUCGGGCUUCGCGGAGAGCUCCAGCGAAGGGCCGGUGUACCAGUAUAAACCAGAGCAGUGGAAGCCCCUGGAUCCCGAAGGCAAGAAGCAGUACGACCGGGAGUUUUUACUGGACUUCCAGUUCAUGCCCGCCUGCAUCCAGAAGCCGGAAGGGCUGCCCCCCAUAAGCGAUGUGGUUCUCGACAAGGUGAGAGGAGAGCCCAUAAAACAGGUCAAUCAGCCAAAAUUGCCACUGCGAACCCUGGACCCUCGCAUACUGCCUCGAGGACCAGACUUCACGCCAGCCUUUGCUGAUUUUGGGAGGCAAACCUCCGGUGGAAGAAGCGUAUCUGGAAGUGCCUGCAAAGUGCAGAGCAACCCUGGAUUGCCUUCCCUGGCUCGGUGCGGUUCCCCAGCAUGCCCUCUCUUGGUCUCGCCUCACCCACCAUUGAGGAACCUGCCGAUAGGGUUGUUGAAUGCCGGACCGAGGAGAUCUCAGCCGGGCCAGAGGCGAGAGCCUAGGAAGAUUAUCACCGUGUGCGUGAAGGAGGAUGUCCAUCUCAAGAAGGCGGAGAAUGCCUGGAAGCCGAGCCUGAAAAGAGAGAACCAAACCGAGGACCCGGAAAAUGUCAAAACCCAGGAGCUGUUCCGCAAGGUACGAAGCAUCUUGAACAAGUUGACGCCCCAGAUGUUCAAUCAACUAAUGAAGCAAGUAACAGACCUGACAGUAGACACGGAAGAGAGGCUGAAAGGAGUCAUUGACCUGGUCUUUGAGAAGGCCAUUGAUGAACCAAGCUUCUCAGUGGCAUAUGCAAACAUGUGUAGAUGUCUUGUAACGCUGAAAGUACCUAUGGCAGACAAGCCUGGGAGCACAGUAAAUUUCCGCAAGUUGCUGUUGAAUCGUUGCCAGAAGGAAUUUGAAAAAGACAAAGCUGAUGACGAUGUCUUUGAAAAGAAGCAGAAGGAACUUGAAGCUGCUACCACUCCAGAGGAGAAGACACGGCUCCAUGACGAGCUGGAAGAGGCCAAGGACAAAGCUCGACGGAGGUCUAUUGGGAACAUUAAAUUCAUUGGCGAACUUUUCAAACUCAAAAUGCUGACAGAGGCCAUCAUGCAUGACUGCGUGGUAAAGCUGCUGAAGAACCAUGAUGAGGAGUCCCUCGAGUGCCUUUGCCGCCUGCUAACUACCAUUGGCAAGGACCUGGACUUUGAGAAAGCAAAGCCUCGCAUGGACCAGUAUUUUAAUCAGAUGGAAAAGAUUGUGAAAGAGAGAAAAACAUCUUCGAGGAUUCGGUUCAUGCUUCAGGAUGUAAUAGACCUAAGGCUGUGCAACUGGGUUUCGCGGCGAGCAGACCAGGGCCCGAAGACCAUUGAGCAGAUUCAUAAAGAAGCCAAGAUUGAAGAGCAGGAAGAACAGAGGAAGGUCCAACAACUCAUGACCAAAGAGAAGAGGAGACCGGGUGUCCAGCGUGUCGAUGAAGGCGGUUGGAACACUGUGCAGGGGGCGAAAAACAGCAGAGUGCUGGACCCCACCAAAUUCCUUAAAAUCACCAAGCCCACAAUAGAUGAGAAGAUUCAGCUUGUGCCUAAAGCCCAGUUGGGCAGCUGGGGAAAGGGCAGCAGUGGUGGUGCAAAGGCGAGCGAGAUGGACUCCUUACGACCAAGUGCCACUAGCCUGAACAGAUUUUCUGCGCUGCAGCCUCCAGUCUCAUCCGUAUCUGCCUCAUCUGCAUCCUCAGAGUUAGAUUCUCGCAGGGCCUUAACUAGUCGCGGGAGCACGGGCAGGGAGAAGAACGACAAACCUCUCCCGCCUUCAGUCACCCGUCCAAACACCUUCCUUCGGGGCAGCAGCAGUAAAGAGCUGCUGCUCGACAAUCAGGCGCAAGAGGAGCAGCGGAGAGAGAUGCUAGAGACGGUGAAGCAGUUAACGGGUGGCAUGGAGAUGGACAGAAACAGCUCAGAGGCAGACAGGAACAAAGCCAAGGAAUCUGCCAAGCCAGAAGCUCCCCCAGCUCCUGUACAAGACAAGCCUUCGCUAUCAGAAGAGGAAAUAGAGAGAAAAUGCAAAUCUAUCAUUGAUGAGUUCUUGCAUAUUAAUGAUUUUAAGGAAGCGAUGCAGUGCGUGGAGGAGCUGAAUGCCCAGAAUCUGCUGCCUGUUUUUGUACGAGUAGGAGUGGAGUCGACGCUCGAGAGGAGUCAGAUCACCAGGGAUCACAUGGGCCAGUUAUUGUAUCAGUUGGUGCAGUCAGGAAAGCUGAGCAAGCAGGAUUUCUUCAAGGGGUUUUCAGAUACCUUGGAGAUGGCAGAUGAUAUGGCCAUAGAUAUACCCCAUAUUUGGUUGUACCUAGCUGAGUUGGUGACCCCCAUGUUAAAAGAAGGAGGAAUCUCUAUGAGAGAACUUAUACAAGAAUUUAGCAAACCUUUGCUUCCUGUGGGAAGAGCCGGGGUCUUGCUUGCUGAAAUCUUGCACCUUCUAUGCAAACAAAUGAGCCAUAAGAAAGUGGGAGCCUUAUGGAGGGAGACUGGCCUCAGUUGGAAGGACUACUUACCUGAAGGGGAGGAUGUACAUACCUUUCUCACGGAACAAAAGUUGGACUUCACGGAGUCCGAGUGUUCCGGUUCCUCAGAAGCACUUUCAGAGAAAGAACUCUCUGCAGAAGAGCUGAACAAACAGCUAGAGAAACUCAUUGUUGAGGACAAGGCGAACGAUGAACAAAUCUUUGACUGGGUAGAGGCUAAUCUAGAUGAAAGCCAGAUGAGUUCACCUACAUUCCUUAGAGCUUUAAUGACAGCAGUUUGCAAAGCAGCUAUUAUAGUGGAUUCUUCUAGCUUCCGUGUGGACACUGCUGUUAUCAAACAGAGAGUGCCGAUCUUACUCAAGUAUCUAGAUUCAGACACAGAGAAGGAACUACAAGCACUUUAUGCACUACAAGCAUCAAUAGUAAAACUUGAUCAGCCUCCUAAUUUGUUGCGGAUGUUUUUUGAUUGCCUGUAUGAUGAGGAGGUAAUAUCGGAGGAUGCCUUCUACAAGUGGGAGAGCAGCAAGGACCCAGCGGAGCAGAAUGGGAAAGGAGUAGCACUAAAAUCUGUCACCGCGUUCUUCACAUGGCUACGGGAGGCUGAAGAGGAGUCAGAGGAUAAUUAAAACUUAAAAUACAGAAAAAAAAACAAUUUAAGUAUUUUUUUAAAAAGUUUCACGUCUUCGCCAAUCACAGUGCAGCAAGGCCAAUUCUCGCGCAGAUCCCCCCCUUUCCCCACACAUGCACGAGUGGGAGAGGUAAAAAAAAUAGAUAAACACAAAGGUGAUCAUGGAGGAAAAAAAGGUACUUGAAAAAAAAAAAAAGCAAACUUCAAACCUGAGGGCGGGAGCACUAAACCAAAAUACAUGUAUUAUUUAUAGAAAAUAUUUUUGUUUUAAUCUUUUUUUCUUUUCUUUUUAAACAAGGACUCAUACUUACAAAAACACAAAGCGAAACAAAUCUGUUUAGCAGAAAAAAAAAGUUGAAAACUUUUAAUUUAUUAUUUUAAGGACUGCAAAUGCCAGUGUAAUUUUUAAAUUUGCAGUUUCUGUAAACAAAUUGUAUAAUAGAACAAAAGCAGAGAAAUAAAUUUCCCUCCCCUUCAUACGCACCUCAGUUUUGUUUCAAAGCAUGAUAAGUAGACAAAACUUUCAAGGGGGUUAGGGUAAGCUAGAUGAGGAAGAGAUCAAAUUUUUUUUUAAUUAUCAUCAGAUUUUUCUGCCUGCCUCUCAGCUUGCUUCAGAAAUUUAAAAGAAAAUAGUAAUCAAAACGUACAUAACCUUGGAACGGAAGGAAAUGCAUUUGAGAAAACUGCUGCGGACCAGAGUGCUCCGAAAAUAACUCAUUCAAAACAGUGCUACCCUGGGGAAAACAAAAAAGUACUAGUGAUACUUUCAGAACCUUUAGAGCAACUUUAAGGCUUGUAAAUACAUAGAACAAAUAUUUAAAAAAAAAAAAAAAAAAAAAACGAAAAAAAGAAAUUGACUCAAUACUAUUUCUUUUCACUUUCAAAAUAUAAAGAACAAAAUAAAGACAAACAUUGCAAGUUUAAAAGAAAGUAAAACGACUUCUCCUUUGACAGCUGCUGAAUGUGUGCACCCUCUCUUGGGCGGUGCUGGCUUCCUUUCCAUUGUGUAGAUCCAAAUUGUGUACAUAUAGUGUGUGUAUGUAUGUGUGUCUACCAAAAAGAGGGGUGAGAGCAAUUGUAAAAAGGGGGUUGCUGCUUGGGAGACCUUUUCUGCAGAGAGAACUUAACCGGCCGAGGAGCAGCUGGCGGGGCUGCCGUACGACGCAGGUCCGCUGGGCUCCCCACGCGGCUGGGAUUUGGCCUCCGGGGCGGCCGGUACCUGCUCCCAGCUGCGUUUUCCAGCCGCGGCGUCGCGUGACUCGGAGCAGCGGCGUUGUGCCGGUGACUUGUGAGGCCGCAGCCUUCCGAGCCUGAUGACUGACCGACUGACCGCCUGUCUGCUGCCGCCGCUCGCCUUGCUGUGCUUAAGGAACCCAAAGACCCGUCAGGGUGAGAAAGCGACCUACAAGAUUAGGCAGAAGAGGUGACACGAGCGCUGCGAGCGAUUCGGUGCUGCUCCCGGCUCUGCCCAGCCCGUAGCGGUGGCCCAAGUCCGAGCCCGGCGCUGGCUUCUCCGGCGCAGAUUAACCGUGGUGGUUUUGCAGUGCGGUGGGAGAGUGCGCAUGUGCCCGGAGGGGACCCGGCUGUGCCCCGGUACCCCGCGGUCCUCCAAACUGAGCUGCUGCUGCGUGCUGCAAGUCUCUCGUGUGUCUUUCCUCGACAACCAAAGACGAUCUGCUGGCUCUCGCUGUGAAGAAGCAUCUACCAUAAUACAGUCUGCAGAGUUUGUGAAGCCCUAAAACGUAGUUUGUGAACUGUGGUCCGUGGACCGCAAGUAACCUGUGGAGCAUCUGCUGGUGGUCUGCGCAGCGCUAGCUGCUCACACAAUGCUGUCUCUUUCUUUCCAGCUGCUAAAUCACUUCUUUUUUUAAAAAAAGAAAAAGGAAAAAAAGGAAAAAAAAAAGCUACAAAUACAUUAAAUACUUUCCUAAUCUUUCUUUUUCAUGUAAACAAUUGCUGUACUUGCAUAAGGAUGUUACUUGAUCACCAAGGGGAAGGGAGGAGGGUGCCUGGUUGUGGCUGGAGGGGGAGACGUCCACGAGUUGCUUCCCCUGUUACCACGCGUUCCCUGCCGUGAAGCCGAGCUGGAGAAUCCACGGCCUAAAACACUAGAGCAUUGUUCGCGGGAUUUUUUUUUUUUUUUUU